UUGCCUCAAGUAAAAAAAAAUCUCCCUCAACUAUUUAGUAACAUGGCACCCAGCACUGCUGUUUUAUCAAAUCACCAUAAGAUAACUACAAAGGAAAAAAACAAGUUGAGAAAGCCAGCUGUGGAAAAGAUGCGCAGAGACCGGAUAAACAGCAGCAUCGAGCAACUAAAACUACUUCUGGAGAAAGAAUUCCACAAAGAACAGCCUAACGUCAAGCUGGAGAAAGCAGACAUUCUGGAGAUGACCGUCACCUAUCUGAGGAAGCAACGGCUGCCAAAUUUUAAUAAUCCAGUCCAUGUGAAGAGAGAACUGCCAAUGGAUUUCAAAGAUGGGUAUUCACGAUGUUACAGUGAAGUCCUCGAUUUCCUGUCUCUCCAUCAAAAGCAUCAGGCAGCUGAACUCAAACUGAUCAACUGUUGCAAGUCAACGGAGGCUGUGUGUAUCUCAUCACCAUCUCCAAUGAAAUGCAGCGAAGAAAAACAAGAAGACCUCAGCAUAAACGACAAUAUUUGGAGGCCGUGGUAGAAAAUAGUCUGCAAUUUAAUGACAUUUACUUGUGAACUCCAGAGGACAUUGAGAUGUAUCAGUUAUUGUCCUCUCAUUUUGUAGGAAAUAUUUUCCUGUACCUCUUAUCUUAGAGGUUUAUUAUUUGUUGAGAAGAUGGAGUGCAGCUACGUGGACUAAGAGUCUUAGUGUGGCUGAUACCCAGCAUUCCAUUUUAAAAGUAUUGUAUGUUGCAACAUUUGUAGCACAUUGGAUGUUAAAGGAUUUAUCUUUCUUUAAGAAAUAUAUAUGAUAUAUUUCUUGAUAAGAUAAAAAAUGUGAAUAUUAUGUGUCUCAAUUUCUCGCUAUUUUUGUUGCAGUUUCUUAGCCACCUUUCAGAUUAUUAUUAGUGGCUGUUUUUGUCAAUGAGGGAGAUUUAGCAAAGUGUUCUGUUCUAAAAAGUGUCGGAAAAUGUUAAAGGAGAGGAGUAACCAAUGGAAUAUUUCCGCUGGAACAACUGGUUUCCAUGGUGAUUGCCCCACUUUUAGAACAAAACAUUUUUGAUAAAUCUCCUCUGUCCAGUCAAAUAACAAUAUUAACUUCACUAACUAAAAAAAUAACCGUGAAACAAAAUGUUCUGGAUUCUUUA